AUGACUCUGACGGCCCUUCGUCGGUAUCCCGCUGUCUUUGGCAUCUCGCCCGGGUCAACAAGCGUGCACGCCAACUUACGUGCCCCCCCGGAGGCCAAUAACGUGCCAUUUGCGGAACCUAGAGUUGGUGACGACGACUUGUCGUCGUGCUUUCCUGGCGCUCCAUUUGUACGACCGCUGCGCCAGUACUCUCGAAAACUGCGAGAUAAGAUCUGCACCAAACUGGCACCUGGCUCGAAGUACAAGCUUCCAGUGGCUACUGCAUCGAUAAUUUCCCACAACUUGACAAGAUCUCAACUGUUCUCCACCCUGGGGAGCUCUGGCUACAUGGCCAAGGGCAAUCUCAUGUUGUACACGAAGCAUUACAUGACCAACAUUAACAAAGGACGUUUGGCGAGUAUUAAAAAGACGGUGAAAACGAGAAGCAGCCAUGAAACGGCCAUCUGGGAGGAUGUCAAUGCAUUCAUAUCGAAGUUACAAGCCAACGUAUUUCACCGCACUACAGAAGUGCCAUGCAGUCCCAACAAGAAAUGCGAUCUGUGCUCACAGUAG